AUGGCGGGACCAAGUCUUUUCCUGCAGCUUUCCAGGCGCGUGGAUGGGUUUCCUGCAGCUUUGCAGGCGCGUCGGCUGACAGUUGCGCAGAAACCAGCACGCGCUACAGUGCACUUGCAGCAUACAGUUAAGCUUUUCUUUCCUUCUAAUUUAAAGAUGGGAGACAUCCUUUAUUUAGGCAACAAACAUAGAUCUCGUCAUAUUUCAGAAACUAUUAAUAACGAAGACCAACAUUACCUUCGAGUUCGAUGUCAUCGCAAGAUUUCCCCGGCGCCCCCAACCAUUGAAGAUAGCUUAAGAUGGCUAGAACAUGGUAAUAAAUUCGUGGAAAAUCCUCGGCAUAAUCUCGUAUGUACGCGUUUAAAAAUCGACACCAUGACAUAUGAUCAGUUCUCCUGGAGGCCUUAUGUCAACUUCAAUUACAGCAACGAAGAAGAAAGCCAGAUAUGGUCUGCAAACACAUAUCUCAUCUGUUUUCAGAUUGUCGAGAGACAUCAGACAGACAGAGUAAGGCUUCAAUUUGGCUUACCGCAACACCCACCUUCCUUACCAGAAAAUUUGAAAGAUUUCCACAAAAUUAAUUUGUCAAAAGAUAGAAUUAAAGGCUCGUGGGGAGAUAAGCAUCAUCGUCAAGUCCAAAACUGGAACCAACGUCAUCAAUUAGCACUUCACGGCGUUCGGUAUAACCAUGAGGUUUAUCCAAAUCGUCAAUAUUUUGCAUGGUAUUGGGAAUUUUUCGGAGAUUAUCUGUGGCUUUCUAGAGAAGUAUUAUUGUCAAACCCAAGGCAAGCAUGUGCAUCAAUUUUACCAGGAUUGCCGCGUGACUAUCCUGCAGUCCCACAAACUUAUACGGUGCCAGAUGAAAAUAUGUGGUCAAAUACACCUCCACCCUAUAACCAAUUCAUGACACCUCCACCCACUAACUUUGACCAAACCUUUAACCCAUCCACCAACUACAACUACAACCAAACUUACCAAUCACCGCCACAACCCACAAACCAAAUCUUACAUAACACCCCAAUCCCAUAUCCAAGCUAUUCUCAACAAAGUCAUCAUGGAGAAAGCUCUCGAACAUCAAACUAUUCAUUUGAUGACUACAAUCCAACUCAAUACACCACACAAACCAGUUAUCCAGACCAAUCACAAUACUCCUCGUUCAACCUACCAACCCCUCCACACUUUGUCAACUAUCCCCAAACAAGCUAUGCACCUCAAUGGCCAAAUUCACAAACAAAUACCAUAGAAAAUCUGGCAGCACGGUUUAAUGACGAUGACUUCGUUAAUGAAAUCUGGACCAACUCAGCUUCACAAGUGCAAAAUGAAGUCGCUAUGGAAACUAACGAUGAUGCUGAAAUUCUUGACGAGGAUGUGGAAGAGGAAGAUGAAGAGGAAGAGGAAGAGGAAGAGGAAGAGCAACACCAACGACCCGUACGGAAUAAAAAAGAUAAAUUAUGUGCUACGGGUGGUCAUAGUUUACAUUGGCGUAAUUGGUUUCCACGGAGAAAGUAG